AUGAUGAGAAAUUUUUUUUCUUCCUUAACAGGAAUGUCUUUUCUAAAGUCUAAUUCGAAGCAUAAUAAUAACAAAGUGUUUUGGUUAAUACAAAAAAGGGGACGUAAAUAUAUUCCUUUUUAUGAUAUAAAUAAAAAGAAACAGAAAAAAAAAGGAUUUAAUAAAGUACAUGAGAAAAAGAAAGAAGAUGAUGAUAAUGAAAUUAAUACGGAAAAAAGAGUAGAAAGAGAUGUCGACAAUAUAGAAUCAGAGAAAUUAACACAAGGUGAUAAUAUACAAUUUGUGAAUAGAAAAAAAGACUAUGUAUCUUCUACUUAUUCUUUACGUUCUAAUUUAUUACCAGCAUUGUCACCUAUGAAAGGAUUAAAAUUGUUAUUAAGUUUAAAUGAUAGUAAUUAUUUUAAUAUGUUAAAAAAUGAUGAUUCCAAAAUAAAUUUUAAUUUAAUUAUAAAAAUUGAUAUAAAAAGAGAAUCCUUAAGAGGGAUGUGUAACCUAGUACAUAGUGUGGAUAAAAAUAAAAAAAUAUUAGUUUUGGUUGAUGAAGAACAUCAAAAUUUAAAAAAAUAUGGAGCUGACUAUGUUGGUUUAGAAUAUAUUAACAAAAUAAAAAACGGAUGGCUUGAUUUUAAUAUAUGUAUAACCAACUUUAAAAAUAUUAAUAAAAUUUUAUGCAUAGCCAAAAUUUUAGGACCUAAAAAACUAAUGCCCAAUAUUAAAUCAGAUACAUUAGUAGAUAACUUAGAAGAAACUAUUAAAAAAAUUAAAAGUGGUAAUACUAUAGAAUAUAGAAGUGAACCUAUUGAUUUAUAUACUUUCCAAUUAUAUAAUGAAAUAUAUAAUUUCCAACAAAUAGAUUUAAAUUCUAUAGCACAUAUUAACGUUCAAAUAGCUCCUAUAGAUAUGAACUUUUAUCAUAUACUUGAAAAUAUGAAAUGUUUUACUUCAGAAAUUAUAAAAAAUAAUAUACAUUCUACUCAUACGCAAAAAGAAAAUAAAACUACAGCAUUUACUUGGCCACCUAUUACUGCAAAACAUAAAAAACAAAAAAUAAAUAUUGAAGAAAAAAUUAAUCUAUUUCAUAAAAAUGAUGAUUCUUCUCAAUCUUUUAUAUUAGGAGGAUAUAUAACUUAUGGUAAUUAUCCAAAAAUAUUCCUUCGAUCAAAUUUGCUACAUCCACAUUCGGAUGGUUAUUCUAACUAA